AUGGAAGAAGGAGUCUAUCUGUUCGAACCGGGAGUCCAUAAUGGCACAGAAGCACUUCAUACAAGUCAAUCAGACGUUCCAGCAUCUUGUGAUGCUGUUGACGAAGACUUCCUCUACGAGCGUUUCUACAUGGCGGUAAUUGCCGGCGGGUCGGUGGCUACCGUAUCGAUAGUGACAAAUACGUUUCUGUUUUUCCUGUUCGUCACGAAUCGACAGCAUCGAAACUCCUACAACCUCUACAUGCUGCUGCUCGCAUUUUUCGACGUUUUUCUCUCGAUCUCCUACUGUGCACUAAUGGCGGUGAGGGUGCUGACGAAUUGGACGGGCAGCUACGCGCUCAGGAAAAUGUGGAUGAGCUACAUGAUCCCGAUGCUGACAAUCUCGCAUAUCGCCCAAACGGCUAGCGUCUACUUGAUCGUUUUUGCGGCAGUGGAAAGGCAUCAGAAAGUG